UGCCUCUCCUCACGUUUCUUCACAUAUAAAAAAUCCAAGACCUAUUUUACUCACACUGCCAUGAAAACCAUUUACUUUUGAGCCAUAUUUGUGUGGGAGGAACGGCUUCACUUCAGGGAAAAUUAGACAUCAAACGGUGAACAUUUUGGCACAACACAAAGGAAAGCUGACUACUACGGAAGAAGAACAUCUUCAAUAAAUUAAGAAAUCCCUUUUUAUUUUUUGGGUAAACAUAAUCCAAUACCAUUUAUUUUUCCUCUUCUAAUUCUACAAAACUUCAGGUGGCUGGCUACUAUUUUAGUGAGAUUUUUAGACUGCUGUUGGUUUUGAUUUCUUUGGUGUCUUCUAUUCGAAUGGAAAAAGAAGAGGCUUUCAAACUACCUAUGGAAAAGGAAGAGGUUUCAAAGCUAUGGAGUAUUUACAAGAAGUUCAAACCACACCUCUUGAUGUCAUCAGUUCAGAUGGGCUACACUUUUUUGUAUCUCAUCACAGAAGCUUCAUUCAACCAUGGAAUGAAUCCUCAUGUCUACAUGACUUACCGGAACAUUAUCGGUGGCAUUGUCAUGUUCCCUUUCGCCUAUUUCCUUGAGAGAAAACAGAGGCCAAAGCUCACACUCACUCUCCUAUUGGAAAUUUUUGUUCUCUCUCUGUUUGGGGUGGGUCUGACUCUAAACGCAUAUUUUGCAAGCCUGAAAUACACAUCUCCAACCUUUGUUGCAUCCAUGGUGAACACCAUAGCUGCCCUUACUUUUGUCAUUGCAGUUACACUCAGAUUGGAAGCUGUUGAUCUUCGAAACCCUUGUGGGAUAGCGAAAGUUGCUGGAACCUUGGUCUCCUUAGCUGGUGUAAUGAUCAUGACAUUGUACAAAGGGCAAGUACUAAGAAAUCUAGGACAUCCCCUAAUUCAUAUUCAAGGGAAAACAUCCAUCCAUAAGAAGUACUGGUUAAAGGGUUCAAUUCUCAGUGUUUCUAGCUGCAUAACAUGGUCUAUAUUUUAUAUAAUGCAGGCACUUACACUGAAAAGAUAUCCUGCUCAACUGUCCCUGACUACGUGGAUGUCCUUUGUUGGGGGAGCACAAUCAGCUGUAUUUGCAGUGUUUACAGAACAAAAAAGGGAGGCUUGGACCAUUGGAUUCAACAUUGACUUGUGGUCUACAAUCUAUGGAGGUGUAGUUGGCUCGGGCAUAAUAAUCUUCAUCCAACUCUGGUGCACCGAAGAGAAAGGACCUGUUUUUGUGACAAUGUUCAAUCCCUUUUCAACGAUAUUGGUGGCGAUUCUAGCAUAUUUCGUCCUUGGAGAAAAACUCUACAUUGGCAGCAUAAUAGGAGCAAUUAUCGUCAUCGUGGGGGUGUAUUUGCUAUUGUGGGGAAAAGAAGGUGAUGCCAAAGUUCACAUAAAGCCAGAAGAUGAAUCAUCUCUGACUCAUGAAGAACAGAGAGAUAAGAAGACAGCAAAGAUCAGCUCUGCUGAAAGGAAUGCAUAUGUAUUAAAUUGUGAACCUUAAAUUACAAAAAUCAAACACCUGGUGUGCAACAUAUGUAGGUGAAAAGGGAUGAAGCCGCCCCCCUCCCCAAAAGAAGAAACUAAAGAGAAAGAACAUAAUUUGAUAAUGCUGGGAUUAAAUCCCACUAAACAAUGUGCUUUUAUUAAUCCCACUAACCAAUGAAGUUCACCAGCACAUCCACAAAUGUUUUUUGUUUUUUAUUUUUUAUUUUUUUUGUUUACUUUUAGUUGAAAAACAUGUAUACCAUGAUCUAUCUUACCA